CGGGCGGGGUGGCAGACUGGCCGAACUGACUUGCUGGAGCCUCCGGAGGGGGAGAAAUUGGCAGACUGGCUGGGGCAGGGAUGGAGGAGGGCUCAGUAGUUCGUGCAAUCUUUGACUUUAGCCCCAGUGUGUCCGAGGAACUAACGCUCUUUGCUGGGGAUGUCAUUGAAAUUCUCAGCGUGAUAGAUGAGUUUUGGCUGCUGGGAAAUAAAGAAGGGAUCACAGGACAAUUUCCUUCUAGUUUUGUGGAAGUUCUGAACAUCCCAUCUGUGAAACAUGGAGAAAGACUGUAUGUCUGCAUCAGUGAUUUCACCUCCCACGAGCCUGGAGCGCUGUGUCUGCAGAGAGGAGAUAUGGUGGUGCUGGAAGGGUCUCUGGCUUCAAGUUGGUUACAAGGAAGAAACUUUUGGGGCUCCAGGGGGUUCUUUCCCCUUUCCUGCGUCCAGGAAUUUUUCCUGUCCCCCAGAAGCCGCCAGCUUUGCCAAAACCUGGCUCUAGAGCUGCCGUGUUAUGCUAUUGGGCAGGCCCGGGCAAUAAUGGGCCUUUCCGCACAGCUGGAAGAGGAACUGGACUUCCGGGAAGGAGACCUCAUCAUAAUCACCGGAGUCCCAGAACCUGGCUGGUUUGAGGGGGAGCUGAAUGGAAGAAGGGGAAUUUUUCCAGAAGGCUUUGUGGAACUCUUGAACCCUUUACGAGUUGUGGACAUUGUCCACUUCAGGGAUGAUAGAUAUGAGUUUGGUCAUGAUAAUAAGGAAAUGGAAAUAGCCCAUUUCCACACAGAACGUCAAAAUGACACAGAUCAAAUUAUUCCAGAAGAAGAAGACGAAGAUGGUACUUUUGCCAUUGCCCUUUACAGGUUCCAGGCAAUGGAGCAACGGGAACUGGACUUUGACGUUGGAGACAGAAUUCGUAUCGUUAAAACAUUAGAGGAUGGAUGGCUGGAGGGUGAGUUGUAUGGAAAUAGGGGGAUAUUUCCUUACAGAUUUGUAAAAUUUGAGACUACAGAGAAACCUUCUCAGGAGGAGCAGCUCCAAGAAUCUGAGAAUUCAGUUUUGCCAACUCCAAUAAGUUAUCUCGACAUAUCAUCUUCCUAUGAACAACCUGCAACAGAUCCCCACUAUUGGGAUGUCCACAUAGAGGACAGUUCGCCAUCCAUAUCUCAUGACACCCAGGAGAAAAGGCAAAGUCCAGAACCCUAUCUAAAAAGCAGCAAUGAAACUAUCCAAAGUGAAUGUGACACAAACAAUGCUUCCUUAAAACCCCAGCUACCUCCUCGUCCACAGAAUACAUUAUACAGUCCUCCAACAUCACAAACGAAUGUGCAAAGGUCAAAAGAACUAAAUUCAUCUGCAGUGGUGAAUGAAGACAGAAGAAAAAGGUCAUGUGUUUCAAAUGGGUCACAAGAAAAAUGGUUUUCGAAAAAGGCAUUUUCAUUGACAACUGAUGAGAUCCAUCCUCCUCAGAACAAUACUAAUGAAAAAAAACAGAAACCCAAAAAUAGAAAAAACAGUCUUCCUCUUCAAGACCUAAUUAACUGGGUGGAGGACCAUAGGCAAAAGACAAAACCAUCUUGCCGUUCCAAAGACAAGCAUGAAAACAGAAGUUCUUGGUCAACCUCAUGGCCACCUAGCCAGGACAGCCAAGCUAAUAAUGAAUGUAAAGACAGCAGUGGGUCAGGUUUGAUUGAUUUAGACUCAAAGCUUUCCGAACAGCUUUCCCAGUUUGAAAAUAGCCUCUCAAAUCCAAGAAAGAAUGGUAAUAAUAAGGUCUCUAGGCAUUUUUCUAUCCUGGAUUACAACUCUGAGACCGACAUUAUCCGGGGGUCACCACAGCAGUCCAGGCUGCAAAAAUCUCUUGAAAAAAAGAAAAUUCUACGGCCUCCACCUCCACGUCCCCAACAGAGAGCUAAUGCAUCUCCGAAUUCUAAUACAUCCUAUUCAGCUCCCCCAAGACAGAAUUCAAAUAGAAGUGAGCAUUUGGAAAAUAUUCCCCCAGUUCUAUCCCUGAAACCAGCCAGACCUGCUCCAUUACCCCCACCGAACAGCCAAAGAAAUACUCCAUCCCCGAGGCCAGUACCAAGACAGGAAACCUCAGUGAAUGAAAGCCUUAAUGAAAGCUUAUUGCUGCCUAUUGCCCCAGAUGUAGCAGAUACAGCAGAAGACGUAGAGGAAAUGGACAAUGAUGAGCCCUCUCCUUGUCCUUUCUUACUAAUAAAGAUCGAAGAUGUGGAACGGGAAUUGGAGAUCUAUAGAAAUACUCGAGAGGAGCUUUGUUUGAUGCUCGAGGAUGAAGAGCAGGAUGAGGAAACGAGAGCUGAAACUAUUGAAAACGUAGAGUUCUGCGACUCCAACAUUGAAAGCUUGGAUUUGGAGCUGCAACAACUUAAAGAUAUGACUCUGUUGUCCUCGCAAGGCGAGAUCCUGGAGGAGACGCCAUCUGCCGCGUCUGCCACCGAGAAUUCGGAGAUGAGGAUGCUGGAGAAGAGGUCAAAGGUCAUCGAGGAGCUGUUACAGACAGAACGGGACUAUCUGCGAGACCUGGAGACCUGCGUGGAGCACAUGAUGGUUCCCCUGCAGGCAAAACAGAUCAAUUUGGAUUUUGAUGUGCUAUUUGGAAAUAUCCAUUUAGUGAUUGAGGUCACUCGGAGAUUAUUAGGAGCUCUGGAGACCUGUGACUCUGUGGGUUUGAUAUUCCUGGAGCAGAGGGAAGAGUUAGAGUCUGUAUAUAAAGAGUAUUGCCAGAAUCAUGAGGAGACCAUUGCACUGCUAGAGGCCUAUGAAAAAGACGAGAGGUUCCAGAGACACCUCCAGGAGUGUAUGGGGACUGUGAAGAGCCUGUAUCAAGAAUUGGGGCGCACCAAUUACAUAAACCUGGGCUCCUUCCUCAUUAAGCCGGUGCAGAGGAUCAUGCGCUAUCCUCUGCUUCUCAUGGAGCUAGUUGGAGCGACUCCCGACUCCCACCCAGACAAGAACCCCAUGAAAGAUGCUGUGCGGGCAGUGAAAGAAAUUAACGUCAACAUAAAUGAGUACAAGAGAAGGAAAGAUCUUGUUGUCAAGUACCGCAAAGGUGAUGAAGAAAGUAUAAUGGACAAGAUCUAUAAACUUAAUAUCCACUCUAUCAUCAAGAAAUCCAACAGGGUCAGCAGUCACUUGAAGCACCUCACGGGCUUUGCACCUCAGAUCCGAGAUGAAGUCUUUGAAGAGACGGAGAAGAACUUCAGAAUGCAGGAAAGACUGAUCAAGUCCUUCAUCCGGGACCUGUCUGUGUAUCUCCAGCACAUUAGGGAAUCAGCCUGUGUGAAAGUCCUGGCUGCCAUGAGUAUGUGGGAUUUGUAUGCAGACAAAGGAACCAGUGACCUGGAGAACUUUCAGCAAGCCCAUCGUAACAUCAGCGAGAAGCUCUUCACCGAUUUCAAAGAAAGAACGGAGAAGCUGGUCAUCUCUCCUCUCACCCAGCUCCUGACCAUGUUUGCUGGCCCACACAAACUGGUGCAGAAAAGGUUCGACAAGCUUCUGGACUACCAUAACUGCACUGAGAGGGCUGAAAAGCUGAAGGACAAAAGGACCUUAGAUGAGCUUCAGUCUGCCAGGAACAACUACGAGGCUCUGAACGCCCAACUUCUGGAUGAGCUGCCCAAAUUCCAUAACUACGCCAAGGAGCUGUUUGCUAGCUGUGUGCGUGGCUAUGCCAAUGCACACUGUAACUUUGUAAAGUAUGCCUUGGAGGAGCUAAAGCCUCUACUAAGUCUGUUGGGCAUCGGUGGGAGAGAAGGGAACCUCAUCGCCUUAUUUCAGGAGGAGCACAGUAAGGUCCUCCAGCAGCUUCAGGUCUUCACCUUCUUCCCAGAAAAUCCUCCCCCGGCCAAGAAGCCUUUUGAGAGAAAGACUAUUGAGCGUCAGUCUGCUAGGAAGACCGUACCAAGCCCAGCCAAAUACAUACCACAGACGGAUGAACAUCGGGCACUGUUACUCACUCGUUACCCACCAGAAAAACUCUUCCAGGCGGACCGCAACUUCAAUGCUGCUCAGGAUUUGGAUGUGUGCGUUCAGGAGGGCGACCUAGUCGGUGUUAUUAAACAACAAGACCCGAUGGGGAGCCAAAACCGAUGGCUGGUAGAUAAUGGAGUCACAAAGGGAUUUGUUUACAGCUCAUUUCUGAAGCCAUAUAAUCCUCGACGCAGCCACUCCGACGCUUCCAUCGGCAGCCAUUCCUCCAAUGAAUCCGGAUACGGUGGCUCUUCUCCUAUUUUUACAAGGCAGAAUAGCAACAGCACUUUAUCCAUCAACCCAAGCAGCUCCACUGUGUCCUUCACCAAUACCUCCACUCUAAAAUCCUCCUUGGACACACCAGUAACAAGUAGCAUAACAAGCAGCAUCCAUCCAUUGGAUCCAUAUGCUCCAUCCAAAGCCAACUCGGCUGUGGACGGCGCCUCUAAAAGAGCCAGUGAUACGGACUCUGGAAUAUCUGCCCAAGCAACAGAGAAGGAGCAGAGACACUCAAGAGAAAGCUUAAAUGACUCUGCCCAACAGAUGGACCCUAAAAGACGGGGCAGCCAGGCGGAAAAUGGAAGUAACUUAACAUUACCAAACAACGGAGACAAAGGGCAUGUUUUCACCAAUCGCAGGGCGCAUAGGCAGAAGGACCCACCUACAGCAACAGAGACAGAAAAAGAUGGCUCUGAGCUAGAAGGGAACCAGGUUUACUAUGUGCUGUACUCCUUUAAAGCGCGCUCUCCCAAUGAACUUUCGGUAUUGGCCAAUCAGAGACUUAGGGUCCUGGAAUGUGAAGACAUGAACGGGAACAGCGAAUGGUGGUUGGCUGAAGUGGAAGGGAGGCGCGGCUACGUGCCAUCCAAUUACAUCCGGAAGACAGAGUACACGUGAGAUGGUUCUACAGAAGCCCGAACCUGGAUUUCACAACACUUAGAGGACAUUUUGUGCCUUUUUUUCCCUCCGGGAUGACGGUUUUCAUUUGUUUGCUGCUGAUAUCACUUGAACAAUAUUUACCCAGAAUGUGGUUUUCUACUAUAGAACUUGCAAUCAGCUAUUGCGUCCAGAACG